AUGACAGAAAAGACUCCUAAAUUUGGUGAUGAUGAUGUGGCUGAAGCAUUAUAGGAAAGAAAUUUUGAUAAAAAUAAAAUUAAAUAGGUAAAUUAAUCAUUAUCAAUAAAUUAAACAUUUAUGACAGAAAAUUUAAUACUUAAAAAUUCUAUUGAAUUUCUUAAAUAUUUAAAGAAUAUUGUGAUAUCUUUUGAAUAAUUUAUUAAAUCUUUAGGAAUAUCAUUCUCGAAUACUUAAUUUGGAUAAAAAUAUUUUAGAUGUAAGAGUUGGAAUACAGGGACCAAAAAUUAAUUAUAAUUAGUAAUUGAUAAUUAAGAUCAAUAAAUGGUUUAAGUAUGUUUACAUAAUUGUUUUGAAACAUUUGGGCCAAACAAAACUAAAAUUAAAGCUAAAGGAUAAACAACACUUCUUUAUUCAUCAAUUUAAAGAGAAUUCUCUGUUAAAUAUGAUAGAUUAACAACAGAAGAAAAGAUUGUAAUAUUUUAAUAGCUUUUAUAUUCAUUUAAUCUUAAUAUAUUUGAAAAAGCAUGUGAGUAAAGUUAAGAAUAAUUUGAUAAAAACCCUAUUAUUUAAAACUCUUAUGAUUGUGGUUCUUAUAAGAGGUAUUUGUUAUUUUAUUAAAUUGAUAGAAUGAUUUUAUAUGAUAAUUCUAAAAUUUCAGUUGUUACAAUUUCAGUUAUAGGAGCAAAUAGAAGAAUGUGUGGUGUUAAAUUUUCAGUUUUUGAUGUUGAUACAACAUAAGAAAUUGGAGUUUAUUUACCAACAUCAUAAGGUGAAUGGGACUUGAGAUCCUUAGAUAAAUAAAAAAUUAAAUCAUCUGUUGAAAAUGUUCCUUUUGCAGAGUUUUUCCUUACCUAAAUUAUUAAAUGUCCUAUUACUACCUAAGUAAUACUUAUUUAUAAUACUAGAUUCUAUUUAAGAAAAUAUUAAAGGCAGAUACUAAAAAUAAUUAAAUCAAUAGUAACGAAAUAAAUAAUCGAAAGGCAUUUAUUGAAAGAAUAGAUAAUCUAAUAACAUGUUAAGAAGUAUUGGCUGCUUCUUUAAAUUGA